UGCUGGGUGCUGCAUAAGUACAAGUCUGGUAAGAGCCGAGCUGUAUGUAGGCUCUGGACGCACGCACAUGACGCAAGUCGAGCUUCAGCAAACACUCAUCAAACGCCACCCACUACAACCCACCCAUAAAUAACGAGCCGUUAGGAGGUGCCUUUCUUUACACUGCUACGUGCGCUACCUAGACUGGCUCUGCUAAUCAAUUUAUUGACUGUGCUCGCAUAUUUUCAGCCCAUCAGGCUAACUACAUACCGAGUGGUCUGAAAUGUCGGCACACACAUCGUCCAUCACGCCGGCCGCAGGUAGAAAACGAGUCGUGACAUCGUGCAUCGCGUGCUACGCUAGCAAGCAAAAAUGUGACCGGCGGCAGCCAUGCGGGAAUUGCAAGCGACGCAGACGCCCAGAGCGGUGCGUCUACGAGCAGCCCGCAGCCACAGCUCAGAUUGUCAGCCACUCUGUUGUGUAUCUGAAUGCAGAGAAUGACGGCCAGUCUCGCCCACUACAGCAUAAUAAUAAUGCUUUUAAUUCGUCCUCAGCACUGAUAACUAGCAACCUCGGCAUAAGUGCCUUGCACAACGCCGAUACGUCUCUGACAAAGCUGUUUGGGUACUCCGAGGAUAGCGAGUCUAAUACCGCUGCUCUGUUAAAGCGGCUAAAAUUGGAUGAGAAGCAUCAGAGGGUAGAAACCGACAAGGACGCAAUAUGGGGGCCGGAGACGGAGGACGAAAUUCGUCUUGUUUUGAAGCGGAUGCCCGAUCGCCAAGUCAUGGAUUUUCUCAUGCAGUUUUUCGUAUCCGAGAUUAACUGGUUUGCACUCUUGCCCAAUAUCAUUGCCAUUAUUCUAACUCGUUUUUGUUUAGGAUGGACCAGCUCAUUCACCCACAAACCUUCUUAUCGAGGUACCAGGUCUGGUGGUCCGCAACGUCGCUGAGAUGUACUGAGGAUGUGGAAUUUGCUGUUCUCUUCUUAAGAAUGGCAUCCUACGCGUCCCAGUUUCUACCAUCGCCGCUAUAUACUCUUGAACGCAUCCGCGGCAUGCCCUUAUCCGAGAUCCGCACCACGUGCGGUCAACUUGGUGACGAGCUCGCCGCCAUCUGCUCGGCCCUCGAUUCUAAAGGAAGCCUUGUACGCGUCCAACAUUUGCUGUUUGCUGGGCUUCAGACUCGAUGCGAAGGACGGAUUGAUGCAUUCUGGGAUUUGCUUAACGCCGCCAUUCGCGUGGCACAGCGACUAGGCAUGCACAGAGCCGCCACCGACUCCUCAAUACGCGACGAAUUACAAACCGAGAUACGCAGACGGACUUUUUGUAACUUAUAUAUAUGGGACAGCCUCCUUGCACGACAGCUUGAUCGCAUACCCUUCUUGCCAGAGAACGUCAGCGAAGAAAGCCUCCCACAGCUUCGCCUGAGCCCAGAAUUGGUCGAGCCGGAUGCGCCUGAAUGCUUUACGGAGAGGCUACUUCAGGUCAGGCUGGCUACCUUUUGGCGUACGUCCAACCCAGGCGGCAGCACAAACUAUAACGCCCCUGUCGCCGAAGAGAGAUACGAAGAAUUUUGCAGGCAAUUUAUCCCCAUGCUGCAUCCCGCUUUUGCCCUUAAUGCCAACACUAAAUGGGACGCCGCGAUGCCCUCUGUGCCGUUACAACGCCAACGCUUGCGUAUCACAAUGUUAGAUUCUGUGUGCUGGAACUUUCGACCCGUUCUUAGGCUAAAAUGUAGCUUUGUUGCUGGCUUGUCGGCUUACAAGCGCGUGCUUAUCUCGUCGCAGAGGAGAGCACUAGUAGCAGCCUCGCUCAAGAUCCUUGAGGCGGUUGCCACGCUACAUAGCCUUCUUGGGGCCUCUCACACGAGAUUUGUGGACGUGGUCUUUUAUACAUUUGAGGCUGCCGUACUGGUCCUGUUUCUUUGCACAGAGCCUGGCUAUCUUCAGCACCAUGAGCCCUCUCCGACUAAGUCGGCCUCUGAAGAUCCCUUGGGUUUGGAUGCAAUGGAAAUAUCGAUAGACCGAUGCCUGCAGGCUGCUCGAGAAGCAUUAGAUCGUUUACGAAUGCUCGCCGAAGUAAGCGACAUGGCGGCGGCAGGCUCACGAGCUCUUGCGCAGCUCUUGGAUCGUUGGCCAGAGGGACUUACUAUGGCAGACUUUGAAACUGAUGGCGGGGCGUAUCAGGAUCUGCCCAUGUUUGGUAAACAAAUGCAAGGAUUCAGUGGUGACUAUUCCACCGACCCUCUUGCGGUAGCGGCCGUAUCUGCAGUUCCAGUGGAAGAUAUUUCUCCCGAGUGGUAUGGCACUGGAGAAUUUGAUUUCACUUUUGACGUGGAAUAGAAAACAGCGUAUGAAUUAUGAAAUCAAUAGACUAGAUUGAGAGUGUAAUGUGUAUACUUUGGAAAGCAUAAUAUAUAGAUAUGAUCCCAGGCAAUUCCAAUCAACAUCAUAGAGAGCGCUCACCGGCGAAGAUAGACUUCAAGAAGACCCAUGAGCCCGUCGGGGCGGAAGCUGCGAAUCUCAUAUCUCUCAUCAGCCUGCUUGAGCAAGGCUCCAAACUCGGC